GAGCAGGAUCUCCCUCUGCCCAAACGACACACACGCUCUUUGAAGACUACCGAGAUGUCGUCCGACGAAGAAAUGGCCGAUGAGCCCGUCAAGGGCGCCUCCAAGUCGCUGGCACUUCGCAUUCAGAAAAAGUUUCUGGGAAUGACCGUGAAAUCCAAGGGCUCGAUCAAAAACUACAUUGACGACAACUCUGGUGAGCUUCUCGACUGUCUCUAUGAUCUGGCUUUGCGCGAGCUGGGCGACAAAAAGGCCGCCAAAAAAGUGCUGAAGGAUCUGAUCAAGGUCGUCGUCAAGCUUGGCUUGCUCUAUCAAAAGGGCCAGUUCAAUCAAAAGGAACUAACCGUUGGUAAUGAGCUUCGUGGCAAGUUCAAAAUGGCCAUUCUGACCAUGGUCUCGUAUUACGAUGUGGCGUUUACUUUUGAUGCCGAGUUCCUCUGCGAUUUGUUGAACCAGUGCCGCGAAGCUCUCCAGGCCUUGAUCGCUCGCCACCUCACGGACAAAUCCAAGGGGCGCGUCAACAACGUGUUUGGCUUUUAUGGCAACGGCGACGUUCUCACAAAGCUUUACAACACGCCUGAAUACAAAGAUCUUUUGGACAACAUUAUCAAAUGCAUGCGCCAAAUGAUCGCUGAUAACGUUCUGUAACUGCGACAGCCGACUGCGCCGCUGCCCGGUUGACCCGUGCAUGCUUCCUUGAUGUGUAUAACAGCCCCGUGUUUUUGCCUG